CACGUAUGCAUGUUUCACAUAAGCGUCGCCAUUAGUCUCCUUCAGGUGACCACCGAUUCAUCUCCAUCUCAGCCCCGUCUGAGUGGCAAUGGACGACCGAAAGUGAGGCCACCCAGAACACAUCGCCGUUAGGACAUCAGCCUGGAAGUCGUGCCCGGAAGACUCAAUCCAAGUCGCCUCAUACCAUUCAACUGAAGGCGAUAACCCAAGGACAACUCGCUGAGGACACAGCCCACUUUAGCGACACCUUCGUGUUCACGCUAGACUCGUUUCACACAAGUCACAACUCACACAAGGGGACCAACUGACACUGUGGCGAUGACGUCCAUCCCUCAAAAGAAGUCAGAGCGGGAGCUUCAUGAACUCCUUGAACGUGUCGACCUUCUCGAGUACUACAACAAAUUCAUCGAGAUAGGCGCAGACAAUGUGCAGCAGCUUCGUGACUUGACGGAUGAAGAGCUUGGAGAAGUCAUUGACCAGGUAGAGAUGAUCAGGAAGCCCCUCCACGUGAAGAGGUUCAGGAAAGCUCUGGAGAAGUGGACGGGACAGACAGGCACACCUGGUUCAGGAACAUCCACGAGAGAGACGGCUACGGCAGCAUGUACACAGCAGGCUGACCAACGAGUGGACGAGAGAUCUGCUGAGACUGCGGACAUCAGGGCUGACAUGCACCAUGCCAUUGACAGGAGAGACGUCGCGCAAGUGAGACAGUGCAUGCAAGCAGAACCGCAACUAAAGAAGUGGCUCCAUCCACUUACGAAAGAGUCAGCUAUGCAUCGAGCUGUAACGACAAACGCAUUCAAGGCGUUCGGCCUUCUGUUGUCACAGAAAUGUAAAUUCAAGAACGCUAGAGAAGGUGAUUGCCUCCAGGAAUUGAAUAACCUCCAACAGUCCGAACUCGCGCGACAACGAUACUUCGUAGCUGGGUACGAAAGAUCCUACGUCAGUGUGCUCAAGGGUAGGUCGACCAGCGUAGCCGAGUGUGCAGAUUUUCCGAUAAUUUUAGAUGACGUGUAUCGUUCUCUCGACAGUAACGACUUACUUAAGCCUGUGUUGAAAGUCGCUUCAAUGGCACCUCAUUUGAGCAUUCGCUUCGACUUCGAGCGAAUCCACACUCAAUGCAUGGUGGGUGGGUACAGGACUAACCUUGGCAUGACUGAACCAGAAAAACAAGGCGUCUUCAUUGGAGCCACGGGACUUCACGGGGAACGAACAGAUGCCACAGAACGCCGCACCAAAGAAGUCGAAGGAACCCUGGUGCACGAGUUGUGCCAUUUGGCUCUCAACCUGGUAUACGGAAAUGAAGGAAAGCCAUAUUUGUGCACAGAUGAAAGCAGAAAAGAACAUUACGCAGGUAUCCUCGAGGACGCAAGGGGCCGACAGCACGGUUUACACGACAUCUUAAAAUGGGCCUUUCACGGGAAUGACGAAGCUGAACUUAUAGUUCGAAUACCGCACAUUCUCGCUCUUUGCCCUACGGAAGGAAACACUAUUCUGGAGGAACAAGUCCCGAGGCUCUUCCAGUUUUUCAAACAACACGUCGUCGAGGAUAUGACGCAGUACAUACAGGACGGUUGUUUGGGAAGAGAGACUGAAGUCAUCAGAGAAGAAAAUGGAAAAUUGGGGAGGGCGUCCUCCACAGAGGAACUAGGAAUCGAAUUCGUGGCGAGGCUUGAUGACUGUGUUAUGAGGCGUGACCCACCUGUUGUCCUUGUAGCUUCAAAUUUAACAUUCCUCGAAGUAAUGGUGAACGACCUCGUGAGAUCUGCUAGAGUUCCCUACCUAUUUCUUGGGACAUCGCAGUGGGGGGACAGAACCUAUGACAUCCUGCUCGCAAAUAAGUGCAGCUUCUUGCUCUUAUCUUGCGAGGGAAGAGAGAACCUCCGAAUAAUUCUCAAUCUCUCAAAAGAGCUUCUUGACGUCACUGGCACCAAGACAAUUCUGCUAACGUCAAAGCAGAACCUUCAACAUUGUCUCCAAGGAAUUAAAGAGAGUAUGUUACAUGAUAUCAAAAUUUACAUGGACACUGUGCACAAAGCUUCUUUUGAGAACGUCACCGGCAAAUGCAAGAAUAAAAUUAUCGAGAGGUCACGGAUCGCUCUUCAGUCUCCCAACCAGCAGUUGUUUAUUAAAGAUAUGCUCGACAUCGACAGCUUUUCGAAAACUUGCCAGGAGGAGACGUUAUUGACACUGUGCAGAGAAGGAGUGCUAUAUUUUGGGCCUGAACUCAAGGAACUUCGGGAAGACGUAAGCGUGUGCUACAUUAACCAAAGGUGCAGUAGGUCCGUUGAAGUUGACUUGAGGAAGAUUAGAGAUCGUCCUAAAGACGAUGCUUUCGCUUUCCUCGGGUGCUCGGAGGAAACACUUCAGUCAUCUUUGCCCAAAGGCCUUGCUGUGAAGCGAAUGAGCAUCUUGGACAGUUUCGAGCAAAUUGUCCUCCUGGAGAAGGACAGUGACUACGAUCGCCUUCUCCUAACGCAACACUUCCGUGGAAAGACAGUUCACCUUCUUGAAUUUCAUGAAGGACGUUACGUGUGGAAAAAAUCAAAUGGUGCCGUAAGUCACCUUCCCAUGACCGGGAUAGAAAUUCACUCGGCGAAUUUCCUCCUUGAAGUAAGAGAGAAAGUCCUCGUUAUUUCCGGAGACCCAGGAUCGGGAAAAACCGUGCUGGCCACGCGGCUUUGCACUGAAAUCAAGAAAGAAGACGAGAAAGCAUGGGUACUUUACGUCAGUACUUACCCGAAGAGGCAAGAAGCAAUGAAAUUGCUUAAUGAAGAAACUGGAGGCAUCAACGUCAAGCAGUUCGCAAAGUUGUGUUGCGUGCAAACAAGUGGACAAGAGUUCGAACUGUUUCAGCAAACUGUCACCGAGGGAAGUCCGUUUCACGUGUGGGUCAUUUUCGAUGCCCUUGACGAAAUCCUGGAGGUGACGCGGAAAUAUAUCCUUGAGUUUACUAAGGUUUUGGCUCAAGAAAAGGUGCGUAAGAUAUUGAUAUUCACACGCACGGUAUGUCGAAUUGCGAUUCAAGAUCAAAUGCACCUGGUGCCUUUCGACAUGGCUGCGUUCUCGGCGGAAGAACGAGAUGAGUUUCUGGAGAAAUAUCAGAAAUCUCUUCAGAAUCCGAUGACCGAUAGGAAGACAGUCAAAAGUACUAUUAAUUACCUUAAGGAGAAACACUCUUCUCUUUUAGGAAAUCCUCUAAUUCUCCGAAUGGUGGCGGAGGUGGAACAAGGCGAAGCUUCUGACCCUGAAUACUGUGAAUUGGUGCAACCCAUGUACAGCUCCCAGGAUUGCUUUACGCUGCUCUCCCUGUACAGAUUGUUUGUCGAGUACAAAUACCUUCUAUAUCGCAUUGAAAAAAAGAAAGAGGACAGAACGAGAGCCGCAAACGAAGAUGAUGACGACACGCUGAAGCCGAUAUUUCAGAACAACCAUGCCCUUUUAGCCCUAAAAUCGCUACUGCCCGAGGACGUCCUCAAGGAACUCGUAAGCGAAAGUGAAUACGACGACUUAAAAUCGAAGGGCCGUUUGAUAAUGGCUGUCAAGGAGAACAAGCUAAAACAGGGUAUCAUACUGUGCUUGACAAAUGACGCUCCUCAUUUUGUGCAUCAUAGCUUCGCCGAGUUUUUCGCAGCAGAUUUGAUCUUCAAGAGGGUGAAAGAGGCGAAUGCCAGAGGCGAUGUAAGGGUGGCACUUAUCAUUUCUGGCUUGUACGGAGAAUCUAGCUAUGUCGGCAUGUUGACCUUCUUGGAUGGAUUCGCAGCGGAGCGACACGCAAUGCAGAGCAAUAUCAUGAAUAACGACAUUGGAGGCGUCAUUGUUGAAGCAGCUUUGGAACACGCAUACACCCAAGAUGCCCUCGGAAGAACACCUCUGCAUGUCGCUGCGCUGCAUGCUAAUCAAUUUAUCUUAAAUUACCUUUCAAUUGACGAAGCAAUGACACAGGAAGAUAUGCUAGGUAUGACGCCUCUUAUGUACGCUGAUAAGAUUCGCGCGUGGGAAAGACUGGACGCCUUCUGUGCUCAUAGCGGCGGUCUUGCUAUCAACUGGUUUGUCCAACUGCCGACAACAGUCGAAAACAUUACAUCGGAGCGAGAUUUUGAUCGCUCAGUCUUAGGUGAAGUCCUUUACGAGCGUUGUAAGGAACUCUUAUCUGUUCUGCUUAGAGAGUUUUGCAACAGUCAGAUGUGUUCCAGCGAAACCUGCAUCGAGCGUGCACCACGGUACCUGAAGGAGAACGUCAGUUCUGCGGCAGACGCGGCACAUACCCCUGUGAAUAUUGAUCGCAUUACGGAUGACGGGCAACGUACCCCCUUACAUAUCAGUAUCAUUUUUGGUGACACCGAUAUUGUUCGCCUGCUUCUUCCUUAUUCCUCGCCAGCUGUGAGUUAUUUGUGUACGGUUUCCGCUCUUUUCGGUCGCACAGACAUCCUGAGGCUUCUACUUCCUUUUGCAUCAUCCCCCAGUGAUUGGUACACCACUGAAAACCGGCCAGAAGGUUUUCCCCUUCCCGUUGUGUGUCUAAAGAAUAUUGACGUUGUAGAACUUCUACUCCCCCAUUUCUUGACACGAUCUCCAUUCUUAGAGGAGCUGCUGUAUAGCAGCAUUCUUCAUCGAUACGACGGAGUGACGAAAGCCAUUCUUCCUAACUCUGAUGCGAGCGAUCGCCACACGCAUCAGGAUACGGCGAGUUUGUACGCAAGCGUACGCUCUGGUUGCCUGGAAACAGUGAGACUUAUGCUUCCUUACACAGGUCUGGAUGCAUGGGAUAAACACGGCAUCGCUGCACUUUGUAUGGGCAUGGACGACAAUGAUUCUCUGAAUAAGAGUCUGGCGCGCAGGGAACCGCAAUUGGACGACACAGAAGACAAGACACUCAGUAAUCAUGACGUUGGAAUUAGUAAGCUGCUCCUUCUUCAUUUGAACAUCGACUCCGUUAACAUUGACGGCGGAAUUGCUCUGCGGAUCGGCAUGAAGUACAGAAAGCACUCUGCCACUUUCAAGCUACUCCUUCCUCAUUUAUCACUUGCGUCUGGCAUUAUAAGUGAAGCAAAAUAUUCCCGUUAUGCUGCAAAGACUGGAGAGCAGGAUAUCCUAAGGUACCUGAUCCCUAACACUCCAAUUAACACUCCAGAUGAAAACGGACAUACGCCGCUCCUUUACUGCUUCCUUAAUGGAUACUUGAAAGCGGCAAAGCUUCUCCUUCCUCUUACAGUGAUUGAUGAUCUUUUAAACAAACCACUGCGUGUGAGCGCGUGCCUAAACCACUGUGAAUUUGUAGAGCUGGUUCUCCCCCACUCCUUCAAAAGCAGCACCGUCACCGUGCUGCUAGAUGCCGUUGAUAUGAGUGACGCGGAUACCAAUUGCUAUACGAAAUUGCUUCUGCCUCACGUUGACGUGGAUGUUCGCGCAGUGGAGGAAAAGACUGCAUGGUGUAAAAGUGUGUACCGAGGUAACUGGGCAUCGGUGCAGCUCUUUCUACCUUACACGGAAAGAAGUGAUGGUGCCGUGAGCCAGAGCACGGCAUUACUAUUGCAUGCUUGCAAAAGAUCGACAGCCACCCGUGAACCAUCGAAGUCUAAAAAUAAACGGAACGGGGAAAUGAGCGUUGGAGAUGUCAAAAUAUUAAAACUGCUGCUCCUCGACAUGAAUUUAAACGGUGCGGAUGCAAAUCGGGCUUUGUCACUCGCCCAGAGCGUCACCAAUAUUCACGCAAUGAAGUUGCUCCGCCCUCAUGCAUCGGUGAGCAAGCAUAUGCUUCCUCAUUCGUCAUUCUCUUCCCCUAGUAUAUCUGUAGCAGAAUUCAUCAACAGCGUUGUUAACUCUGAAGAAGACCAGGAUAUCCUAAGAAGUCUGACCCCUAACACUCCAAUUAACACUCCAGAUGAAAACGGAUAUACGCCGCUCCUUUACUGCUGCCUUAAUGGAUACUUGAGAGCGGCAAAGCUUCUCCUUCCUCUAACAGUGCUUGACAGUGUAAGAGACACACCGUUCUUCGUGAGUGCCUCUCUGAACAAGUGCGAGUUUGUAGAACUGCUUCUUCCGCACUGCUUUAAACGUAGUAGCGAAAUCGGGUUCUUAGCAGCGGUUAAAAACAGGCAUGGUGAUGCAACGAAAUUGCUUCUGCCCCACGUUGAUGCGAACGAUCGUAAAUGGAGAGCGACGGCGUCUAGUAAAUGUGUGGAGGGAGGUGGAUGGGCAUCGGUGCGGCUCUUCCUGCCUUACACGGAAGCACGUGAUCGUGAAAACGGUCUGCAAAGGUCAUUGCAGCUGAUAGCUUUAAAACAGGCUAUCGCCACUAUGUAUUCCUCGAGAGCAGAUGUUACAACCCUUAGGGAAGAGAACGAUGAAGAUAUCAAUAUAUCGAAGCUGCUACUUCUCCACUCGAGCCUCGGUAUUACUGAUGAGUCCGGGCUUUCUCGCUGAGUGCCAGAAACAUGCACACGACGAAGUUCCUCCACCCGUAUUUGCCGGCGAAUGAAUCUAUGAGAAUGGGCGUACUGCUCCUGCAUGAGCCCGUAGCGCUGGGAACGCCCAUGUUCAGAAAGGCGCUCUGCGUCACUCAUUGUUUAGCCCUAGUGACCAGGAGUGUUCUUCGACGCUCCACCUGUGUGUUUUCUCUCUCCAUCUCACUCUUUUCUCUCUCUCUCUUUUCUUUUUUGCCAUACCUUCAAGAUCUUCGUCUAACCCGACAUCAACUCCUUUAAUUAAACUCAACACCGUUGGUGCGUGUGGUGACGUUCCUGGUUCAUAUCUGUUUACAACGAGAGCAGUUGAGGGCUUUCCCGAGCACGUCGCAUCGCCGAAAACCAUUCUCUACCUUGGCGCGGGCUAAAGUGAAUAAUUCAGAAAAUGGCGGGCAAUGCAUGUUAGCAAUUUCAGAGAGUAACAAUGGUUAUGACGUUGGCGUCACGUGCUUCAGACACAAAAUGGCGGUUGUCAGUUCACAUGUCAAGGCAUCUUGUGAGAGCCGCGCGCCUACCGGCUUCUUUCCGCCCACGGCAGCAGGGGAGACGGUAUUGCUUGUGUAGGCUGAGGUGAACAGUGGCGAUGGGUCGUCCUGGGAAUCGCACAUGCGAAGGAUGAUCUUGGUGCGAACCACAAUCGACAGAGCAACUCAUGCAAGUAGCUACAGGCGAGCUCAAAUAAACAGCUGUGUCGCUAUCGCUGGUUUGAUGUUUGUGUAACUUGCAUCAUGUCUGCCAGUUUUUUUGUUUUUUUUUUUGUUUUUUUUGCAGUAUGCGUCGUCUUGAUGCUAUUUGAUGUGACGUCUUGCAGCGAACCUUAUUGUGCACCUAGCGAUCUGUGCCAAUAUCUUACGAAGCGCGCUGAAGCUCGGAGUAAUGUCGACGUACGACGAAAUGACACUUGCUGCUAACGCCGCGCCUGCAUGGAAGCAGUGUCAUGAGUUUAAGGAAUUCACCUAUUGUAGCAGCACACUCCAGUUUUAGUGUGAUACCAUUAGCAUUAAUACUACUACUAACAACAAUAUAUUGAUGCAUAAUCAUAUUGUCAGAGUGUAUUUCAGUUAUUUAUAGGCCAUACGUUCCAUGUCUGCAUUUUUCGGUAAUAAAUAUUGCAACAGUUCA